CUGCGCGCAAAAAUUGGACCUACACACUCGCAUCCCUCUCUGCGCACUGCCGCUGCCUCUCCAAACUGUUCAAGCGCCUCUCUGCGCGUUCUAUAAAGACUGCGAGGGCUCUUCUCCAAACUUUUCCAAAGACUGAAAACUUUGUUUACUUUGUUUUUUUUUUCAUCUUUAGUCUUUUUCUGUGCGCGCCUCUCAUCCCCCUGCGCACUCAAUCAUUCAACUUUCCUCCCCGCUCUGACUGAAGAAGAAAGAAUCCGGGGGAGAGCCCGUGACAGUUUCCGGAGUUCCAAUUAAUUUAUUAAUUUUUUCCCCAUUGUGUUUUCUCUUUUUUUUUGUUUUUUGGACAAUCAUUGUUAUUGCUAUUAUUAUUUAUUUGCCGCUCAACUGUCUCUUGGACCAAGAACCAAUAUGAAAUUGCUGCUCGACUCCUCCUCGUCUCUCCUCUUCUCGCUGCUAUUGGCCCAGCUGCCUGUGUUCGCCUCUGCCUCUCCGGUGCCACCGCGGCGCUCCAGCGACCUGGACAGGCUGACCAAUCACACCACCAAUCUGAAGAAACUCGCGCAAAAACUGCUGAAAAAGCACGAAUUUGAUUCAGAUGUGGAGUCGCACAGGUUUAGAUCACUGCCAGAGAUGAGCAACAGACUAGCCACCGAUCUUCACAAUCUUGAGCUGAAGCCCACACUCUCCCAGCUCCAUGCUGACCUGAAACUGUAUAAGGAUCACUUUGAUUGGCUGAGCAACGUUUCAAAGAAGCACCAUCACCCUGCAGUCCCCAAACUGGAGAAGAUGAUCACAGAGAUGAAAUCUGUCAUCACAAUGCUCCAUCAUCAGAUGCAGCGGGUUGAAGCCCCAGUGCUAACUCCAGCAACCCCUUCCCUCCCCUCUCACCUGCCAUAUCACUUUGAAGUCCUGCAGUCCACCCAUGAACUUCUCCAACACUUCAACCUCUUUUGCGACUGGGCAAUCAGAGCGUUCAUCGGCCUCAAGCCCAAAGCCUCUGCAGCGCAGUGAUAACCCGUUGUAACGGAAUGCCUUGAAUGCCUGGCCUUCUGCCACAGUCAAAUGGAAAUCAGGACCAUGUUAAGAGUGCACUGGAGUCAGCAGCAUCCCUUCACAGAACCGCAUUUCAGUGUCAAGAUGUGUGUUGAAGAAUGUAUCUGUCCACGAGAGCCAGCGAGGAAACAGCAAGAUCCGACAACCAAGGCAACUGCUAAUGCAAACUGUCAGUGUCCAAGAUCUUCUCACAAUAUCCUGAUCGCUCCCCUAAAGGCCUUGUUUCCAACCUUACUAUUUAUGUAUUUAUUUAUUUAUUGACUGUUAGUAAGUUAUUUAAUAUUAUUUAUUUGAAGUUCUAAUGUGUACUCUUAUCUUUAUUUCCAUAUCAACGUGAAUUGACAUGCCAGCAUCUUCCUUUUGUGUCUCGCUGAUUCACAAAACAACAACAAAAAGUAAACAAUCAAAACACUUCUUUACUGUUUAACUCCAAUCUUUUGCUUCACCUUUAUUUAUUUUACAUUUGUCCACGGCUUCUACUAGUGUUUCUUCCAGUAGAUCUGUUUCAACCAAAGUGAUGUCUAAGAGUCCCUCACUGCAAAUAUUUUAGAGGAUCUCAGUGUUUUCUCUUACUGUGGCCUGAAAAUAACUUAUUACUUGAGGCCUUAUGAAAUGCUUUGCAUAUAUUUUAGUAGUAUGGUAAACAAAUAGAAGGGAAUGCCAUCUUUUGUUCCACAGUCUGAAUUUUUAUUUGCAGUUCUUCUUCCUCGAGUUCUGCAUGAGGAGGCAUGUUUAACAUUGUGGUAAAGUUGUAUGAAUGUGCCCUGUUGUUGAGCACUGAUGGUUCUGAUUAGAUUUUUUUUUUUUUUGCACAAACUUGUUAGGAUUAGCCUCUCAGAAAAGUGAGCCGGCUGAUUUUGAAUCUGCGCUUUGGGCUGGAAAAGUUUUAUAGUUUUAAUUAAACACCCAGAGCCUUAAAAUACUAUGUAUUGUGACACUUCUGUACAGGUGUACAUAAAUGUACGAGAAUGUAAAUUGUUAUAUACAGUGCUAAUGUUUCUUAUACAUUGUUCUUAAAGAUAUUGUAUAAUAUUCUACCGUUUUUAUCACAAUAAUUAUUAUUCCUUCCUAUUUGUUACAGUAUUGUUUAUUUAUUGAAAUAACUUGUUGGAAAUAUUUAUUUUAUGCCACAGUGGAGCAAGUCUCCUUUCCUUUUUGUGCUUUUUUACAGUUUUUAUUCCAGUUUUAUCUAAAAUCAUACUCCCACUUUUAAAUUAUUUCUGUACCAUCAAGAUGCCUCCUCUACACACUGAUUGGCCUUAAUGUGAAAUAUGUGCCUUGGUGAAAUAAAUGUUUAAGAAUG